GCGGUGGUGGAGGCAAAGGCGCAGGCUCCAUCUCGGCGCAGCUGCUGGAGAUGCAGAAGCAGGUGCACACUCUCAACGUCGAAAGCGGCGAGAGUGGCAGCGGUGCCGAGUCUGCUGUCAAGAAGCGGUUGGACGAGCUGGAGGGCUUUCUCAAGCAGUUGGUUGGCGUCGACACUCCAGAGGUUGCCCAGCUGGUGGCGCAGCACACAGCUGAGCAGCAGCUCAAAACUCUCGGUUUCAAGAUCACCAAGCAGCAGAUCACCAAGCAGCAGAACGUCCGCGAGGCGAAGCAGGCGCAGCUGCUGGCCCUGCAGGCGGAGCUCGCCUCGCAGGAUGCCGUGCUCGCGGAAUCCCGCAAGCAGCUGCUCGAGCUCGAGAGCCAGCGGGCCCAGCUCUAUGGCGUUCUGCCGCAGCCGCCCACGGGGCCACCUGGCGCCGACGCUGGCAACGACCAGAGCAGCUGGACGCUGCCCAAGCUGGAGCACGUGCUUUUGGCUGCUGGCGCUGCUCCUGACCUUCCGCAGGAGGCGGCUGCAGCGGUGGGCAAGAUUCGCCAAACCCAGGCCCAGCGAGAGGCAAACGAGAAGCAGGCAGCUGAAGCAGCUGCGCAGGCAGCCAGAGAGCAGCAGGAUGCUGCCAUGGCAGGCGACGCCGACGAGGUUGGCGUCUCCGCCAUUGACAUCACCUGGCCGCAUCGGCCCGUCACGCUGGCCAUUGCCAAGCGCACAGAGCCGCCGAUCGCCCGCGAGCUCGACGAACCGAGGCCAACCGCGGCGGGGUGGCCGAUGCCCUCGCACAUGGUGCUGCUCCUGGCGGCCUGGCGGGUGCUGCGACGCGGCAUGGAGAGGUGCUGCGACGCUCGCCCCGUCGCACCCCCUGUAAGACCGACGCUGCACAACAUGGACGGCGAGAUGGGCCCCUUCGACGAUGUGGACGCGACGCCGCUGGGCGCCGAAGGUCGUUCGUCGCCAAGAUGGACGCUGGUGGAGAUAGCCAGUCUCCAGAUCCCAGUCUCGCUCACGAUGGACAUGGAGGUGGUGCUGCACAGGCGGAAUCUGGCGGCUUGCCUGGGCCUGGUCAGGGACCGCGGUGAGGACCCCGACCAGGUAGUGGCGCAGCGACGACAAGAAGCAUGCCAACGGGAGCUCCGACGGCACACCCAGCACUGGAUCGGCGACCCGCUCAACGACCAGCAGACAGAGCAGGACGUUCUGGACGACUGGAUGGAGUGGUGCGUGCCGUACACAGCGGAGCAGCUGCGGGGCCCAGUCUUUGAUGCCCUGUGGGACGGUGGCGGCUGGGGCGAGGCGGUGGACAUGCAUUUACGAGCCUUCGAGCAGCAGCGGGAGUGGCUCGACCAGCGCUCAGGAAUGGUCUUCCACGGGCUGCAACGCUACACGCGGCUCGAUAGCCUGGCCGCCGAGCUGCUCGCCUUCGAGGCGUUCUGCGGCGAGAGCGAGCUCUACAUCUCGUUCCAGGGCAUCGUGGCAGGCUGCUCGCAGGACCAGGCGCUGUACGACCCGCUCUACACGGCGACCACCAGCAUCGUCUACAUGCAUGCGACCCAGCUCUGGGAAGGCCGGGUGGAAAUGCAGGCCCUCAGGGCCGCGCGGCGGGUCGUGGGCGGCCAGAUGCGCACCCAGCCCAGCUGGGGCAGAGUACGUGGACCCAUCGGCGCGCUGUGGCUUUCUUUGGCUCGGAUCGGCUGGCGGCUCAGCUCGGCUACCACGCUCGAGACCGACCUUAACGCUGUGUUGCACCUCCUGGAGAUGUCACCUCGCGACGUCCGUGACCAAGUCAAAAAGGGGGUCACGCGCUGGCUGUUGGCGCGGGCCGAGAGCCACAUCGAGGGACACAACGGCGAGCAGUCUCGACGCAGGUUGCGCGGAACCCAGUCGUCCCAAGCCUUCGAGCUGGAUCGAUCUGCCCGCGUGCUGGCCUCGACCGAGCCCUCGAGCCCGUCUGGGCGCUGGUUUGCCUCGGAG